AUGGACUUAAUUCUCAUCUCCACCACCAUCCCCAAGAUGGUCACUGACUUCUGGGUGCAGAGGAGAACCAUCUCACAGAUUGGCUGUGCAAUGCAGAUGCUGCUGUAUGUAGCCAUGACAGGCUCUGAGUGUCUCCUCUUGACCCUGAUGUCCUACGAUCGCUAUGUCGCAGUCUGUAACCCACUGAGGUACUCGGUCAUCAUGAAUCCCAGAGUCUGCCUGCAGAUGACUGCUCUCUCCUGGGUGGUGGGGUUCCUAAAUUCCUUGGCCCACACUGUGCAUAUAAUGCAGUUUUCAUUCUGUGAUUCCAAGGAUAUUCAGCACUUCUUCUGUGAGAUUUCAGCUAUCCUGAAACUCUCCUGUGAUGAUACCUCUAUAUAUGAAAUGAUUUUGUUUGUCACAGGAACUGUGUUCCUCCUCAUCCCCUUUGGACUCAUUCUGGCUUCCUACAGCCUCAUUUUCUUGCGUGUCUUUCAUAUGAAAUCCCCUGAAGGACAGAGCAAAGCCUUGGCCACCUGCUCCUCUCACCUCACAGUGGUGAGCUUGUAUUUGGGUUCAGGUGUCUUUCUCCUUAUGAUACCUCCAAAAUUGUAUUCAGCACAGCAAAGCCAGGCUGUCUCCCUUUUCUACAACGCCCUCACCCCCAUGUUGAACCCCAUCAUCUACAGCCUGCGGAACAAGGAAGUGUUGGGUGCUUUGAGGAACGUGCUGAGGAUGGAUGUCAGUUCUCAAAUUGUAGCCAGAAGAGUUUAG